GCUGGAGUCAACAGACUAUCGAAUUGUUGUAGUACUUUGACUAUCCACAAGGUAACAGUAUUUCUCCACUUCUGUAAGUGCAUCUGGAUCUUAAAUCAGCUGGCCAAGUAGCCCUAUACUCUACCGGUCUUCACUGUGAAAUAUCCUGAACGAAAGCAUUUUAUCUCCUUGUAAGAUAUUCAGGGGGCAAGGUUAAUGAGAUCGUCUGUCUCUAAGUGUAAAACCAUAGGAAAAUGCCGUUUACAGAAUUGUAUGAUUAUGUGGACACAUUAUUCUGUGUAUAAUCACAUUUGUAAGGUAUGCUACAGUCUAUAACACUGUGAUAGAUUACAACACUUUCGUUAUAUAUAGCUCUAUCUUAUGGAGGUGAUUUUGUUUUCAGACUUUUAAAGGCUGACAUAUGACAUAAUACAAUUACCAUGCCAGAUGUAGCUAAAUGACUAAAUGUAAAUGUAGGCUAUAUAAAGGUAAAUUUAUGAUAUAAUUCUGAGAAUUUAAAUAGUUAUUUUACUUAACGUAGACAUGGCUAAAAUUAGCGCUAUAAAACAUGAAAAACAUGUUUUUCGCACUCUUAAAUUUUCCAUGUUUAACUUUACGUUUUAACUCAUAGUUUUGGGGGCAGAACCUGUUUACCUUGGUAUCAAGUUUUCAUUGGUGGUUGCAGGUUGUCACUCAGCCAAAGUGGGUGUUACUAUAGACUUCAUCGUUUUGGAGAGACUCAUAACCGUUAUUGACAGAAAGCAAGACUCCGGCAUGACAGUCAUGGUACAGACCUAACACAACAAAAGUAUUUCGGUUUAAGUGCGGGCGGACAUUAAAAGUGUGGAGCCGAGUUAUCUAGUUACCUCUUCGUUUGUCAGUGCUACCAACCAGACUCUCAGGCAGUUCAAGAAGUGCGGUGGAUCUGUCCUUUUUUUUUUCUUUUCUUUUUUUACUUCAGCUGCAUGGACGAUUUUUUAAGUGUAUGUAUGCAGCAUUUAGUCAGCUGUAGUUAGCUUUUAGAUAUGGCAGAAAUACCGCCGCACCCGAUGGUUGACAUCGACCCGGAUUUCGAGCCACUUUCCCGGCCCCGAUCGUGCACCUGGCCUCUGCCUCGGCCGGAGGUCUUCGAACCAGCCUCUUCGAACACAUCCUCGCCGGCGCCAUCUGUCAAACAAGAGCCGGGGGGAAAUGUCGAGUUCAUCAGUAACCUCAGUUUGUUGGAGGAGACCGACGACUACCCGGAGGAGAAACCACUCAUACUGUGCAAUGAUUUCCAGUGCCAGGAGAACUGCGUACACGGGCAAACACAGCAACAACACCCACAGCAGUUGCAACACCCAAGUCCCCAACUGCCUCACCAGCAACAGGUGCCCCCGCUGUCGUCUCCCGUCGGGGCAAAUUCGGUGGCUGGUGCUCAGAGGAAAAGCAGCUCGUCCCGGCGGAACGCCUGGGGGAAUAUGUCCUAUGCCGACCUCAUCACCAAGGCGAUUGAAAGUUCACCGGAGAAGCGUCUCACAUUGUCUCAGAUCUAUGAUUGGAUGGUGAAGAGUGUGCCUUAUUUCAAAGAUAAAGGAGACAGUAACAGCUCCGCAGGUUGGAAGAACUCCAUCAGACACAACCUGUCGCUGCACAGCAGGUUUGUGCGUGUGCAGAACGAGGGCACUGGGAAAAGCUCCUGGUGGAUGCUGAACCCCGAGGGGGGCAAGAGCGGGAAGUCCCCCAGGCGUCGAGCCGCCUCCAUGGACAACAACAGCAAGUUCACCAAGAGCAGAGGACGCGCUGCCAAGAAGAAGAUGUCCCUCCAGGGGGGUGCGGAGGGGGGGGCAGACAGCCCUGGCUCCCAGUACACCAAGUGGCUCGGCAGUCCCAACUCCCACAGCAACGACGACUUUGAGACUUGGACCACUUUCCGCACGCGCGCCAGCUCCGACGCAAGCACGCUCAGCGGCCGCCGCUCGCCCUUCCUGUCCGAGCAGGACGACCUGGUGGAGGCCGACCUCCACAUGGUCUAUCCCGGGGGGGCGGGGCCUAAGAUGACCGCCACCCUGCCCAGCCUAUCAGAGGUGGCAGGCUCCAUGGGCCACCACCGAUCGGAGAACGUCGUCAUGGAGAGUCUCCUUGACAACCUCAACCUGCUCUCCCCUAAGAACCCCCAGCUGGGGGUGGGGGGGGCUGGCUCCGACUCCUCCCAGUCCUCGCCCUCCUCCAUGCUGCAGAACAGCCCCUACAGCCCCCCCAGCCUGCCCCCCCAGGCCCAGCAGGAAUACAGGAAGUGUCUGUACUCGCAGUCAGGGAUCAGCAGCAUGUCCCCCCUCCCCAUGCAGACCCUGGAGGGCAAGCCUGGCUUCAGCUCCUUCCUUAGCCCCUACAACUGCCCCGCCGGCCUGCUGAAGGAACUGCUCACCUCGGACCCAGACCCCCGCAACGAGCUGCUGCCCCCCAUGGAGAGUCUGGUCCCUCAGCCGCCCAGGGGGGGGCACCUGCUGCCAGCCUUCAACAGCCAGGUGCAGGGCCACCGUGGCCAGAGAGGGGGCAAGAUGAUGAACCCCCACGCCCACCCCCUGCCUCACCAGCACCAACACCAGCACCCCCACGCCCGGCCGAUGCACGGCCAGGGUCCCCCCUCCUCCUCUGGGGGCAUGAACGGCUCCAUCCCCCUGACCAGCCUGAACCACGCCGGAGGACCCGCCUGUCUGGCCGGCCUGAGGACUCACACACACCUGCAGCUGCCUCACCUAGCGCACCCUGGUGGGCCUCCGCCCUCCUACGCCAUGCACAACGGCUACAGCCGUAGCAUGCCACCGCACGCCCACAUGCACCACCAGGAACGACUGCCCAGCGACCUGGACGACAUGUCCAUCGAACGCUUCGAGUGCGACAUGGAGUCGGUCCUGCACGACACCCUGAUGGACGGAGACGCGCUGGACUUCAACUUUGACCCCAUGGUCGGUUCUCAGGGCUUCCCUCCCGGGGUGAAGACCACCACGCACAGCUGGGUGUCGGGCUAGGACAUGCAACGGUCUCUCCCACGGUCUCUCCCACAGGUUCACAUCAGCACCACCAGCCUUGGAAAACGUGUGUCCAAAGAAGGUAUCUCCCCUUUCAGAGAACUGGAACAUCUCUUCACAAAUUCUCAAAGUCUCUAUCCUUGGCCUUUAGCCUUCUCUGAGCAGCCUAGCGGCUAGCCCAGCCUAGAUCACCCUCUUUGCCUUCACGGUCUGCCUGGACCCCACAUACACCCAGACUGGUGCUCAGGUUAACGUGUCCACUAGCCGAGUUGUGUGACUGGUCCAUGUUUGACUCGUUAGCCUAGCAACGAGGACAGUUUCCCAUGCUGUCAGACAGCUGUUUGUUUUACAACAGGACAGGAAGGAACUGGAAAUGAAUUGACAAAAUAUCAAACAAUGUUUUAAUGAUACAUAUAUAUAUUUGACCUGCUCCUUAGAUUUCUAGAAGGCUCUGCCAUAUUGUUGUUGUGAGUGUUUGUUUUUCUGUUUGUCGGGGUGUCGUGGAUAAAAUGACACAACACGACAAGGGCAUGAAACACCACAACUACAGACUGGAACAUACUUUGUUUCUAUUACAUUCAACUUGGGUCAUCCCCAAAUUCAGGGUGCUUUUUAACAAGGCUGUCAAGAAGUGUUUUGCAUAUUGAUGUAAAUACAAUAAUUCAAACAUAUAUAUACAUAUACAUAUAUAUAUAUAUGAUGUAUACUAUGUGUAUAUUUGUGAUUUGUGAUAUAUUCUUUACAUGAUAUAUUUCCUUGAAAACAGAAACUUUCAAGUUUCUCACUGUGCAUUCAAUGCUCCCUGCCUUUCAAACAGCCAAUAUACUGUAUGGACCUGAAAACCUGUCAAGCGAAGGACUAGCGUCAAGAAAAAUAUUAACUAGAAAAAAAUAAUCUAUUUUGGUGGUAAAUUGAUGCAACUCCUUGGGCUGUUUUGCCGCCCAGUAAUUCAGCCCAUGUUGCUCCCUCUUAACCACACUUACGCCUCAUUCGGACUAUUGUUCUGUCAUCACAUGUGUAUUUCUGACUUCAACAUCUCCCUUUACCUACCUACUCAUCUCCCUGUUCCCCCGCCUCUGCACUGCCUCCCUCAUAUACUCAUCUCGCUUUUAUAAUUCAUCUCCAUUUUCUCCCCUUUUCUCUCUCUGUCUCUCUGUCUCCCUCUUUUGAUAGUUUUGUCUUUCACUAUCUUUCUCUUACUCCCUGCCUUGGUCCCCCUCUCUUUAUUUUGUCUCUCUCUCUUGCUCGCUCUUUCUCUCUUUUUCUUCCCUCCAUUCUCUCUCCCCCACCUCUCC